UCUCGCGUCCAUUUACACAUUCGACGUCUGACAUCCUUCGAACCUCACUCAAAAAGUCCGAUUCAACAUCAGCCGCCUACGCCAGGAACCAGUCAUAUGCACCUCACAUCGGAACACGAGUCGAGAGUCUGGUAGACUGAACCAGAACAUCUCUCACGGAUUUCACGAGAGUUUGGGCGUCGCCUCAUUCUCACUCUCACAAAAUACACAUACACAGACACUCUCACUCUCAUAGUCAAAUCUCACACUAAACAUCUCGGAAAGAAGUCGCCAAGCGCAACCAACAUGGCCCCGAAACGCGCCGCCGAGGGCGCAACAGCGUCGUCUCUCAAGGAUGGCCAACAGGCAAAGAAACGCAAAGGCUUCCGCGUCGGCCCUGAUAACCUUCCCGAGGGACCAUGGCGCCGAAAGGUCGAGAAGAAAAAGCUGGAACUCAUCCACAAGGCCAAGAUAAAGAAAGCCUACGCCAAGAUUAAACAGAAGGAGCUCGCCUCACAGGAUUCCUCAAAGGCCCAGCAACAUGACACCGUCGCGGCUGCCGCCCCGCCUGCAAAAGAAGCCUCGAGCGACGACGAACUGGACGAUGUCCAGGAACCCCAAACCAGAGAGCCGUCUAACUCACCGGAACCUGUGGCGAGGGAAGCAGCAGCAUCGAAACCAUCAACAGACGCGGCAAGCACGGGCACAAUACCAGCCCUGCCUCCUCUCGAGGGGGAAAUCCAUCCCUCCCGCGCCGAGAUGCUUACCAACGACGGCGAGCUCCCGAACCCGAACACCGUGGCUGUGAAGCGCAAACGCGGGGCCGCCGCCGCCACCGGCUCUAACGCCGAUCUCCCCGGCACCCGCAUCGCUACCGACGCCUCGGGGGACGUGGUAGACGCUGCCGACGCCACCGCUGCGGACCUCUAUGAACCGCGCAAACCCCGCCGCCCUCGCAAGCCGGGCUACUACGAGAAACAGCUCGCCCACGCCGAGCAGAAGCGCGCCGAGGCCGAGGCCCGCCGCGCCGAGAUCCAGCGCCGCCGCGAGGAACGUGAGCGCAAGACGGCCGAUCGCGAGCGGUACCGCCGCGCGAUGGCCAAGGCCCGCAAGGGCGGCGAGGAUGGCCAGCGUCGUCUCGGCAGGGAGAGCGCGCUGCUGCUCGAGAAGGUGAAGCGCAUGGUGGGUGACUCCAAGUAAGAGGGGGGGGCUGAAGCGCAUCUGGCCGGUGAAGCGGCCGUAAGGCAUUUGUUGUCGUUGUCGUUGGUGUCAGGAAGGUGACGGAAGAGCAUUCAUUUAUAAAAUAAAAUAAAGUGAAGGCCCGUCAGUCUCCGUUACGCGAUAGUUUGAUACCACAUGUUUACACAUCACAUAAUCAUAGGCACGAGGCAUUAUAAAAGGUUUUUCCU